GGGCCCGUCAGCAGGUGCGGUGCGAACGUGAGGGACCACCGAGGCUCGAAGCGCUUUCUGGUCCUGCGGGAGUUGUCCAUCUGUCUUUGUACAGUAUUGUUGAUGGGACAAAGGAGUGGACGUCAAGAAAGAAGCAAGAAACUAGAGCUGGCACUAAGCGAGACUAUGAAGGCAGAAGCAGAAGUACAAAAUAAUAAAGAGGAAGACAAAGAACCAAAGGCCAAAGACCAGAGGCUAACAUCAGUCUUUGGUGUGGCAGACUUAAAAAAUGAAGCUAUUGGACUGUACAAUGUUGGACAGAGCUGCUGUCUGAACUCUCUGCUCCAAGUGUUCCUCAUGAAUAUACGCUUCACAGGGAUACUUCGAAGGAUCACAGUGCCACCACAUGCUGCACAGAAGAGGAGGAAUGUCCCAUACCAAAUGCUCCUGCUGUUGGAGCAGAUGCAGUGCGGCAAGCAGAAAGCUGUUUCUCCCACAGACCUUGCUUGCUGUCUUUCAGUAUACAGAGUGAAAUUGUUUGUGCAGCAUGAUGCUGCCCAGCUCUUUCUGACUCUCUGGAACUUGAUAAAGAGGCAGAUGAAAAAGCCACAGCUGGUUGAAGAGCUGAAUGAUUUGUACACUAUCUGUGUACAGGAGCACCUGGCCUGUCAGAAAUGCUCUUCUGAAUCAAAGAGGAACAGCAGCAUGUUAACCCUUCCACUGCCAGUGUUGGAUUCCAGUUCUCACGUGCUGAAGACUCUGGAGGACUGUCUGCAAUACUUUUUCCAUCCAGAAGAGCUGACUGACCACAACAUGUGUUUCUGUGAACAGUGUGGAAGGAAAACACCUUUUCUGCAGAGCAUGAAGCUAGUCCAUCUGCCGCAGACUCUGACCAUACACCUAAAGCGCUUCUGCUUCGAAAAAUCAGCGGAUAUUCACAAGCUUAGCCACUAUCUGCCUUUCCCACAAGACCUUGAUUUCAAUGCAGUCUUGACAGAAAAUCAGUGCCAAGCAGACGACAAUGAAAAGGCUGCCUGGAAGUAUGAGCUUUUUGCUGUUGUUGCUCAUUCAGGAUCAGCUAGUUGUGGACACUACUGUGCCUAUAUUCGAAGUCUCACAGAAUGUAAAUGGUAUUGCUUCAACGAUUCUGAGGUUUGCCAGGUAUCAUGGGAUGAUGUUAAAUGCACCUAUGGACAUUCCAACCUCCACUGGGGAGAAACGGCCUAUCUCUUGAUUUACAUGAAAAAACAUCCUUAGUAGCCUUAUCCAGGAGUAUCAGAAUGCCUCAGGAAGCUCUGCACUGUCCAUGGAGCUCAGCACCUCUGUGCCAGUGUGGAUGUGUACAAAUGUUCCACAAGAAAGACGUUCUGCACUCAGUCAGCGACCUCUGCCUUCACAUUUAUUUAUGAAAAAAGUGCAGGAGAGACUCAGCUAGAGAAAGGAUCUGCACCUAGAAACUUUUUCUUUCAUAUAUUCAUAUAUUUUUGGUAUUUAUGUGAUUCUAUAUAUUAAUUUCCUCUUAAAACUUAGUAAAGUUAGUCCUUGUCUCUGCUGACUUACCAGUUGCUUUAAUGCUGAUGCCUAGAUUGCAGUACAGGGGAAGCAUUUGUCCUAAAAGCCUGCAUGAUGUUCCAGGGAGGCACGUGGUAUGGCUGGAGAGCUGUGAUAGCCAUACCUAGCCAGUAAGACCGUAAGAGCUUGAGACUUACUCUGCCCUUUUAGCACCAUGUUAGAUGCUGGCAAGCUGGUUAGGGGACCGCAAAAGUCUUGUGAAACAGCUGGAACAAGGACCAGAACCCUUAUGGUACAUGCACCAGUGAUGUUUUCUCCUUAAAGCCUUCCUGAAAAUUAAUCACUGCAGGGGUUGAGAUGUGUUUGAAAGUUGGUGUCAGCAUAAAGAAGUGUUUUUAAAUCAGGAGCUAUUGUAGUAGUUCUGAUUUACAAGUUGAGUUUGUGUAUAUUUAUGCAGAUGAUUAUUGUUUUAGCAUGUUGUCAGGCAUUUAUAUGCAUUUUCUUUCCUGUAUAGGUGUGGUGGGUUGACGCUGGCGGGAG